AUGAGCGAAUCCCAUGAAAACGACAACAAUGACAAUGACAAUGGCAAUAAUGGCAACGCCAACGCCAACGCCAACCCUACACUAGGACCUCGAAAAUCCAAGAAACGAGAAAGCAUGGCAGUCUUCUUUGACGGAGCUCCACUUUUCAAUAUGGACGACGACGAUGAGUUGGAACCUAGUAGUACUUUACCCAUGGUUGGUGACGUAGAAAGUAUUAAUACUAAUUCUAGAAGAGGAGCUGUCAAGCGGAAUAGUUUGGCUGUGCCUUCCGAGACGCAAACAGUAGGCGCUUCCGAAGGCUCCAAGAGUCCAAUGUCCAACAAGUACACCGCAAGAGAACACAAAUUCAUCGUUGCCAUCGCCAUGAUUCUUGCCUUUAACUCUGGCUUCAGCAAUGGGGUUUGUCUCAGUGGCAUUCUUACUCCACCGCAUCUCAGGUGGCAGUCUCAGUCCACUUCUGGCUUUACCGGUGGAUACACCAAAUCGGCUCUGGCGUUGGCCGACCAAGAAGGAAAUUACAUUGAAGGAUUUUCUCAAGUGGAGUUUUUUGGAUAUCAGCUCUUAAUGAUUUUCAGUUUCAUGGGAGGUUCUUGUAUCAGUGCCUUGAUGAAUCCAAGACCAGCUCCUUGGAGAUUGGCUCCAAUGUAUGCUCCCACCUUCUUCAUUGGUGGAGUAUUCAUGUGCAUUGCUGCCGUCUUGAGUGUGGAAGAUAUAUCGGGCACGGCACAUUUUUAUUAUUUUGUGGCGGCUGCCAAUGGGAUUCAAAAUGGAAUCUCAAGCAUGUAUUCCGCCAAUCUCAUUCGAACCACACAUCUGACCGGAGCAAGUACGGAUAUUGGAUUGUUUAUUGGACAAGCCAUUCGAGGAAACAAUAAAAAUACUUGGAAAUUGAGAAUUUUGAUUGCAUUGGCACUGUCGUUUUGGACUGGAGGACUAUUGUCAUUUUGGGCAGUUCGAGUUUGGUUGCAAUAUACCCUCUUGGUCAAUGCCGCCAUUUUUGGAUUUGUAUUUUGUCUAUGCGUUUGGUUCUUGGCCCAUAAUUUGCACAUUCCGGCGCAUAGAGCCUUGCAAGGAACGUGGCAUUGGCAAAAGGCAUUGCAUGACAUUGGAUAUCGAUCGGGACAAGAUGGCGCGGCACAAUCCAAAGAAGCCUUGAAAGAAAUAUUUUCAAAGAUGGACAUUGAUGGAAAUGGGGAUGUCAAUAGAGAAGAAUUCAUCAGGGGUCUCAAGGCAGCUGGCAUGAACGAGGUCUCGCAAAAACAAUUCAAUGCCAUGUUUGAUGUAUGUGAUACCAGUGGAGAUGGGACUAUUAGUUUUCAAGAAUUUCAACAAUUGGUGGAAGGAGACAAUGCGUUGGUGGGUUAG